CGGAGUACCUCGCGGGAACGCGGACCGCCCGCGCCCGAGGCCAUGCCGAAGGUCCACUUCCGCCACAACUGGGAGCGCCUGAGCUCCCUCAAGGGAGCCGCGCCCAUCGAUACCGGCGACGGCUUCGAGGGCGGCACCACCUGGCGCGUGGGGUUGCGGGCCAACCUCACGGGCGAUCCGCAAUUCAGCGAGUCUUCCGACUUUGGCGCGUACAACCCGGUUCACAUCGUCCCGUCGUCCUACCGGUUCGACUACCACUUCGGCCACGCCCCCAAGGGCCUCAAGACCAAGAAGAACCUCGACGGAUACCGUCAGAGCGACGCCGCCGCGCUCGCCGAGUACGACGAGGAGAUCCUCGCGGUGCAGCACAAGGCGAACGGCAAGCGGCGAAGGCUCGCGGCGCUCGCGCUGAAGAACCCGCACGUGCCGCUGUGCUUCAAGCCGUGGAUCCGCGCCCAGCUGAUACACUCCAUAAUCCGACAGGAGAUCAUCCUCGCCAACUACGACAUGCUCGUGGUCAUGCCGUGGUCCCCGAGGGCGAGCCCGCUCUGGGUCCUCAUCCCGCUGGUCUGGGGGUGGAUCCCUCUGGCGGUGGUGGGACCGUUUCUGUUCCUGUACACGCUGCUCGCGGGGUACCCGUACUGGUGGGUCCCCGGCGCGUUCCAGCACCAGAUCUUCGAGACGAUCUUCAGCGUGCCCGUCUUUCUCGCCGCGCAGCUCGCGUGCUUCGCGCUCAUGCCGUUGGAUUGGAUCCUCGGCCGGCUUCGGGUACCGUACUGCGGCCCCGUCGCCGGGGACGUGGGUCGGAAGGAACGGAGGGACGGAUGGAUGAAGGAGGAGCUCAAGAAGGGGCGCAAACCCGAGCUGGACCCGGAGGCGAUCGACGACGACGUCGAGCGGUCCAUGCGACGCAUCGCGAGCAAGAUGACCAAGAAGCUGAAGAAGGAUUUCGUGUUUUACAAGCGCGAGGUGAGCAAGGCGAAGGCGAACCCGGCGGGUGAUGACUGGACCGAGUCGUUCGUCAUGAUGUCCAUAGAGAUCGAGGCUGACGGGGAGAAGACGUCCGAGAGCGAGUACGAGACGUCUUCGGACGAGGACGAGAGCGACUACGACGAGGACGAGGAGUCGGGGAGCGGCGGGGACGAGGGGGGCGCGGGCGUGGGCGAGGACGACGACGACGUCGAGGCGGCUCGCAAGCCGAGGAGCCCGAGGCGAACCUCGAGUCAGCGGAGGAGCGGCAGCCCGAGGGCCACGCGGAAGAUGACCGGCGUCGUGCCCGAGGAGGUGUGAAGGCACCGUUCGAUUGUUGUUGUUAUUCUUUCGUGACGAGGGUCGUGCCUUGUACGUGUAAAAGUUACUCACGUGUUC